AUGCAAGAAAUGACGAUUGGUGGUGUUUUGAAAAAUGUUCCAGUGCUCGAACACACUGGACUCAUCCGCGUUGUCAUGGAUAUUCUUUGGGUCAAUGGCUUUUACAAAGACCUUGAUCUCCAAGAUCUUCAAUCUCUUGAUGGCGCCAUUGCCCUCGCAGGUGCCGCAAUUUGUUCGGCCAUUCAAGAAUACGAGAUGGGGGUUUGGAAACGCAUUGAUUUUUCUACAGCGAAGUCAAAGUCGACAUAUACAUCUAUUAAGAUGUAUAUGACAGAGACGAUUUACACAUGCGUUGAGCUUACAGAGCGUUUCCACUGGAUCAAGGUGAAUAUGAAAAACCGUGGAGUAUCGAGGACGGGCAUUGUACUGUAG